CAGAAAGAUAUGCUGAGAAAGAAUGUUAGUAUAAACGCCAUGUUUUUCUGGCUAUGAAUAAGUAUGAUAUAUCAAAGUUCCGGAGUUACAGACGGAUGUCAGCUUGCGUGAUGAUGCCUGGGUAAAUAUUCUGUCAAUCAGGAACGCAACUCAUGAAACUGAGUUCACAAGCGGAAGAUCGUGAAAGGUUCAAAAUGGAUGUCCUAGAUCUUCCCCCAAGAAGCUUAGGUCUGGUUAUCCUCGAAUGCAGCAUUUGUCUUUUGUUAAAUAUCGGUAGUUUAGUCGGUAAUGGCUUGCUUUGUGCAGCAGUCUACCGCAAUCCAAGACUCAGAUCCACGACCAACUUAUACAUCAUUGCCUUAUCUGUCGGAGACCUCAUUUGCGCCGUUCUUGAAAUGCCGUUUACCUUUUGGACAUUAGUCGUGGGAAGAUGGGCCCUUGGUGACGGGAUGUGCCAAGUUCACGGUUUUGUCGACGUUUUCUCAACUUACUGUCCUCCGGCAACAAUGGGUCUUACAGCCUUCAACAGGUACAUCCGAAUCGUCAAGACUAAUCAUUACAGGAAAAUCUUUUCUCCAUGGCGUUCCAAGAUAUGGUUAACGGCUGUCUGGGUUUCGCUAGCGGGGUAUCUUCUCGUUGCGCGCAUAACGAACUGGCAGAGGUAUGGGUUUGUGGUUGGUUUUGCCGCCUGUAGUGUUAAACAUUACACGGAAAACAGGAAGUUAGUACAUUACGUUCUCAUUGUCUGCGUGUAUUUUGGCGUGCCAUUUUUAGUAGCCAUUUUUUCAUAUUGCAACGUGUUCAGGUCAAUACGAAGACAUAACGUGGAAGUUGCACCAAAUCUUCAUAACACCCAGGAAGCUGCACAGACCAGAAUCUCAAUCCAAGAGAUAAAAAUAAGCAAAUCCAUCGCCUGUGUUUUUGCUGGUUUCUUUCUUUGCUGGAUACCAAUGUGGAGUUUGUCUCUUCUCAAUCGAUUCUACCCAACACCAGUUCCCAGAGUGGUGCCAUUGUUGGUGAUAUUUUUCGUGUUUUUAAGUAGUUUCAUCAACCCCCUUAUUUACGCGGCCACAAAUAAUGGAUUUAGACAAGAGUUUCGCAAAAUGCUGUCUUGUCGUCGGCAACGAAGGCAAAUUGUCCCGAGACAAAAAAGAGCUGGGGCAAUCGUGGAGAACAUUGAACUACAUGAGCAUGCAGAUGUCUGCAGAAAUGUCACGUAUAUGGCCAUUUUAAAGAUGAGUGCGAACGGAAGUAUUCUUUAG